UCGUAUCGUUUGGAACGAUUUUCAAUUCGGUGGCAACAUUCUCGCCACACUUCGGCAAUGAAUUUGUUCAGUCAAAUUAGAUUUUCGUACGAUUCGGAUGCAAAAAAACAAUAAAACGGCCUGGCACAAACGCUGGUGUAGUUCAUGUUCAACGAGAAGAUACAAAAAUAAAAAACGAAUUCUAAAAAAAGAAUACAAAAAAAAAUGUUUUAAUCAAAUAAUAAUGAAUGCAAUAACAAAUACUAAAUAAAAAAAAAUUAAAAAAAGAGUGUUAUGUGAGACGAAGACGACGACAACGACGAAACGAAGAAAAGAAAUAAAAAAUUUUCUAGUGCACACAAAGUGAAGAAGAAGAAGCAGAGCUUAAUACAAAAAGUGCGCAUAAAUAAAGAAAUAAAUAUGGAAAUGAAAAAUUAUUUGAUUUAAUAGAAUACGAGCAACGACAUAAAGUGUUAGUGCUGUAGGAGGAGGUGGCAGAAGAAGAAGAAGGUGGUGGCAAGUCAAUCCAUACCCCAAAAAAAAAAGAAAUAAUAACAAGAGAAAAAUUCCAAUUGGAGUUCGUUUGUCGUCGUAGUGGAAUUUAUAUAUUUUUUUCCUUCUUCUACUCGCAUUAAUUGUAUGUGUGUGUAAUUGUUGUUUUUGGCUCGUCAACAACGACGACGACGGCCACGAUUACUACGCUACGAUAACGGCUACGACGACCACGAAAACGAAUUUUACGUUGACUGAGGUUGACGUUUACGUUGACGGCCCGAGUGCGCGCGCGUCUCCGUGUGUUUUGUUUUAAUGUUGUGCUAUUUGUGUGUGUGUGUGUGUGCGUGCAUUAAUUGAAAACACACAUUAGUGUGAGUGUUUCUGGUUAAGAAUAAAAUAUUAAACAAAAAAACCGACCAACCAACAAAAAAAAAAAAAAAGAAUCCAAAUCGAAAUAAAAUAUAACAGCAGGCAAAUUGUGUGGAGGCAUUGCAAGAAGAAGAAGAAGAGGAAUACUAAGAGAGUACUGUUUUUGAUGGCAACAAUGUUUUUAUGUGUGGCCUCUCCCCUCUAACGGCCUGCUGCCUCUCUGUUGAUGAUUUAAGCUGGAGUGCCAUGAAAAAUUGUGUAUUUUGAUUGUCAAAGCGCCAGCCCGCCGUCUUGUGGCAACCAACAAUUUGUUGUGUAUUGUUAUUGUUGUACUAUUGCCUCUCUUUCUCUCUUUACGCUAUUCUAAUGUUGUUAUUAAUUUGUUGUCAUUACUAUUUGCUGCUGCUGCUGCCACCAUUAUCAUCACUACUGUCGUCGGUCGGUUGAUAGUUUUUCCUUCAUGUUCGUUGUUCGUUACUUUUUUGCUGUGUAUUCUUGUUGUUGUGGUUGUUCUACGACGACGACAAAAAUAGUAUCUACGAAAUAAAAUAAUCAUGAUUAUACUUUAAAAGAAGCAAAAAAUAAAAAUUGAAAUAAAAUUAAGCAAAAUCAGAAAUCAUCUACAAUUCGUGUAUUGUAUUAUCACUAUCUGUUCUUGUUCUUAGUGCUGUUGUUAUUGUUGUUGACAACCAACAAAUCACAACAACAACAACAAAAUAUUUAACAACAAAACUAUAACGACAAAUAAAGUGCUAAUUUUAUGUGUUUUGUUUGUGUGCAGCAAAAAAUAAAAAAAAAUCAAAUCAAGUGAAAUAAUAAAGACAACAAAAAUACGGCAGUGGCUGUUAUUGACCGAGGCGGAUUAUUUACUUGACAACGAAGUAAAAAACAGAAAAGAAAAACAAAAAUUGCAAGAAAAACUGUGUAAAAAUUUUUAAAUACCCUCGCGAACUGUUUUUCUGUUGUGUCAUUAAUAAAUAAAUAUAAAAAACCACUUGUGCGUGUGUGUCUGUGAAACGAAGCAUCCAUAACCUAUAAUAAACAAGAAAGAAACAAUAUAUUAAAGUGGAAUAAUAAAAAAAAAACAAACAUACAAACACACAUAUUUAACAAGAACUUCCCAACGCAAGCAGCAAAGUGGAACAUAAACAUCCACAACACUGGGUUUAUCAACAUCAUAAACGACGUAUAUUUUGUACAAAAUAGGAUUAAAAAAUGACUUCACCGGAAGAGCGAAUAUCAACACAUGAUCUUUCCCGCGAUUCUGGUACAAACGAAAGAUUACACAUAACACCGGGUACUUUGGAUUUCAGUCGAGUUCAGCCAGCCACGGUGGCAUCGGAUUUAGAUCAGCAAAUUUUAGAGUUGAAACAGAAACAAGAAUUACAAAAACAAAUGCUAUUCCACACAUUUCAAGAAAAGUCCAAGCAAUUGGAACUUCAGCACAAAUUGCAAUUGGAACACAAAUUUCAUUUUGCGGUGCAUUCCCAUGGCGCUUUCCAGGAAUUGCAGGAACAGAGAAUUGUUACAGCCGCCGUGGAGGAACAACAGCAGCGCGAACGACGGGAACGGGAGCAGCGUGAACGUGAGGCUGCCGCCAUGGUAAAACGCAAAGAGAACAGUGCAAAUGCCAGUCCGGAGGUUAAGCAAAUUCUAAAUUGUUUCAUAUUGAAUCGCAAACAGGCAGCAUCCUCGCCAAAUGGCAUGCAAACAACAUCACCCUAUCGCAACAGAAGUGUUGUCAAAAGUUCAUCGGGUGAAUCGCUGCCAGCCGGAGCCGUUACCAGUUCUCAUCCCUAUAAAAUUCCCCAACCACCGUUACUCAAAUAUGAAACAGAUUUUCCUCUGAGGAAAACUGCAUCCGAACCAAAUUUGCUAAAGAUGCGCCUCAAACAGAGUGUCAUUGAGCGUAAGGCCCGCGUCAGUGGACCGGCCGGAUUGCGUCGCCAUGAACGUCUAUUGCAGGCCCAGCGAAGGCAGCAGAAACAGAAUUCAACCAUAACAAAUUGCAAUAGUACUCCCGACUCCGGUCCAAAUUCCCCACCAUCCUCCUGCAUGUCAUCAGCAUCCGCUGGCAGUAUUGUUGGUCACAGUCGCGGCUCUCCGACCAAUGCACCCAUCCAGGAGGAGAACGAAGACGGCAGUCAUCACUAUCAUUCGGGUCAACGAAGCAGCAUCAACGAUUUGUCUCUCUUCAGUUCACCAUCCAUGCCGAACAUUUCACUGGGACGACCUCAUCUACCAAAUGCUCAUAGCUCGGCUGCUGUUAACUGUGCCAUGUUCGCUGCCUUAAGGCAACAGCAUGCUGCCGGUAUACCACCCGUAAGUGGGGGUGGUAGUGGUGGAGGAACACCGUCUGCCGCCGGUGGUCAUCAUCCAACACCGCCCACAUAUUAUAAUCCUUUGGAUGUCGCUGCGUUUGCCAGGCAAACCAAUGCCAUGAUACCACCUGGAACAAAUUCAGUGGCACCGGCAAGUGUGGUGGCAGCCGCGGCACCUCCCCAAUCGCCGGUGGUGCGUUCAGCUUCGGCCACUUCCACGUCCUCGUCACAGGCCUCACUGAUUGGAGAUGUGGCGCCUCCCCUGGCCCAUGCUGCAUCGACUGGCUGUGCAACUGCCCUAAUGCAUGUGGCUUCCACCGGUGGCAUACACGCCGUUGUGGCGGCCCAUCACUCACCAUCCUCGUCCUCCUCCUCGGGCACACUGUAUGGCCAGCCCAUAACGGAUGCCCAGGUUGCCCAGGCCCAUCUCAAUAAGCAGGGUCACCGUCCCUUGGGUCGCACCCAGUCAGCGCCCCUGCCCCUGGGUCACCCAAUGUUGACGGGCAGCUCACAAAUCAACAUUGCCCAGACUCACUACGAGAACAGUGAUGCUGAACGCCAAGCCUACGAACAACAUUUGCUACUCACCCAAAAAAUCCGGCAGACUGUCCUCACGCGCAGCGGUGCCGUCCGUGAUACUCAACAACUACUCAAAGAGGAAGAAGACGCCGCCGAAGUAAUGGAUCUCACCGACAAGAAGAAACCUCCCAAGACGGUGCUCACCAGCACCGUGGUAACAAGUACCUCACAAAAUCUCCCCAAUGCAACGGUGGCACCGGCCUAUGCCGGCCCACCGCCCGCCUGCAUACCGAACAAACCGAACAAGCUGAUGCGCAACAAGGAGUACCUGGAACAGCAGCGCCAGCUGUUGUACAUGCAAAAUCUGCAAAUGGACGAUGCCAUAGCCCAAGGGCUGAUACGGCCACUGUCGCGCACCCUCUCCUCGCCCCUGGUCCAUUUGGGUCCCCAUGGCGCGAGUCAAAUACCCGACACCGGCCAGGCCACCCAUGUGCCCCAUGCCGGACCCAUUGUCACAUCGUCCUCUGCCGAUCACAUACCACCCGUAAAUCUCUCUCUCAAUUCCUUGCAUGGACGUAAUCUAAUCGAUCUAUCGCAUAGAUAUGGCAGUGCCACCGUCACCUCAACGCCCCAUGAAGUCAACCAAAACAAUUUGCCGCCCGGCGGUGGUGGGCCGCACAAGGUCACCACUGGCCUGGCCUAUGACAACCUGAUGCUGAAACAUGCCUGCAUUUGUGGCAACAACAGCAUCCAUCCGGAGCACAGUGGCCGGCUGCAGAGCGUAUGGGCACGUUUGAAUGAAACCGAUUUGGCAAAACGAUGUCAUCGUUUAAGAUCUCCCAAGGCCACAUUGGAGGAAAUUCAAACGGUACACACAGAGGCGCAUUCUCUGCUCUUUGGGUCGAAUCAAUGCCAAUUGGCGAAUCGUCAGAAAUUGGAAACUGCAGCUCCCUCGGCCAGCUUUGUUAGGCUUUCGUGCGGUGGCGUGGGUGUCGAUUUGGACACCACCUGGAAUGAACAUCAUACGGCAGUGGCGGCCCGCAUGGCUGCCGGCUGUGUCAUUGACUUGGCUAUGAAGACGGCCAAGGGUGAUUUGAAGAAUGGUUUUGCCGUCGUCCGACCACCUGGCCAUCAUGCUGAGGCGAAUUUGGCCAUGGGUUUUUGUUUCUUCAACUCCAUUGCGAUAGCAGCUAAAAUUGUGCGACAGCGGGUGCCGGAGAUUAAGAAAAUUCUCGUUGUCGAUUGGGAUGUCCAUCACGGCAAUGGAACACAGCAGGCCCUCUAUUCAAAUCCGGAUAUUUUAUAUUUGUCAAUACAUCGCCAUGAUGAUGGCAACUUUUUUCCCGGUACUGGUGGUCCCACAGAGUGCGGCACCGGUCCCGGCCUCGGCUACAACGUCAACAUUUCCUGGUCCGGCGCCCUCAAUCCGCCCCUGGGCGAUGCCGAAUACAUUGCUGCAUUCCGUACAAUUGUGAUGCCCAUAGCACGAUAUUUUAAUCCUGAUCUUGUUUUGGUCUCAGCCGGCUUUGAUGCCGCCGCCGGUCAUCCAGCCCCAUUGGGUGGCUAUUUGGUAUCGCCCGCCUGUUUUGGUUACAUGACACGCGAACUAAUGCAAUUGGCCAAGGGUAAAGUGGUAUUGGCUCUGGAAGGUGGCUACGAUCUGCCAGCGAUAUGUGAUUCAGCCCAGGAGUGUGUUCGAGCAUUGUUGGGUGAUCCCCUAUCACCGAUAGCGGAGAGUGAAUUGAAUCGGCAGCCAUGUCAGAAUGCCAUCGAUACGCUGCAAAAGACCAUAGCCAUACAGUUACAACAUUGGCCCUGUGUUAGACGUUAUGCCCACACGGUGGGCAUGUCGGCCCUGGAAGCUUUAAAAAUUGAACAUGAUGCCUCCGAUACGGUUACGGCCAUGGCCAGUUUAUCUAUGCAAACUUUAAAUAAAACUCGUUCUUGUGAUGAUUCCGAAGAGCCCAUGGAUCAAGACGAAUCGAAAUAGACAAAUUUUUUUGCACAUUCUAUUUGGAAACCAAACUAAAAAAAAAUGAAACGAAAAGAGAAACUAAUUUUGUUGUAAAAGAUAUAUUACAUUUUUGGCUGGCAGGCACACAUGUACAUGCAUACACACACACGCAUAUGUUUUUUUGAGUGAACAUGAUGAAUACUGCCAAAUAUUUCGAUGCGAAAAAAUCAUCGAAAAAGAAAUCAUAUUUUUUUGGAAGCCAUCAACUUAACAUCGUUGCCUUGAAUUUUUUAUGCAAAAUACCCAACGAUGUUUUGGAAAACAAUUGAAAUGGCAUUGUUUUUUUGGUAUUUGUAAAUUGUUGUUGUGGUGACAAGCCAACACAUCAACACAAGCAAACAAACAAAUAUUUUUCCUACUACUCGAAUUUCCCCCUGGACUUAAGGCUAGACAAUUUAGAAAAUGAAUUUUUUGGUUUUUUUGAUACACGAAGGGGGGAAAACAUGUCUGGAAAUGUCUGAUCGCCGCUCCCCAUAAAGCUAAUGCUAUAAUAGUAGUUUAAGAUACACAUUCAUUGUUUUCAUAAUUAUUUUUAUUUGUAUUUUUUUUUUUAAAUUAAAUUUUACUUCUAAUUCUUCUUCCUCUGCAACUUGUCGUCUGUUGGACUGCAUAAAAAUACGAUUUAUGCGGCAUUUAUGUGUUUCAUAUUUCUUUUUCUUUGUUUUGUUGUAAUUAUUAUACAUAUUUAUAUUUUUGAUAUAAAAGAAAAAAUAUUUAUAAACAAAAUAUUCUCAUUAAGUCUAAACAAAAAAAAAAACAAAACUAAACUUUGUACAAAAUUGUGAAGGAAAUUUGUUGGGCGGGGAAAGUCCCCUUCCCAUGCCCUUGUAAUUGUUUUGAAAGAAAACGAAGCGAAAUUGGGUUUUAUGUUAAGUGAAAAAAAAAAAGAAAACGAAAACAAACCAACUGAACAGGAGAGAUUGAAUCUUAACAAAUAUUUAAAAAAAAAUACUUUCUUUGUUUAAUUUAAUUUAAAUUAUUAUUUUUUUAAUUUUAAAAAUUAGUUCAAAACACCACUUCUUAAAAACUUCAAUGUAAUUAAAAAACAAAAACUAAAAAAUUGAAACAAACACGCUUUAUACACACACAGAUUGCAAAACUGUGGGUAUAAAUAAUAAUAAUAAUUUAACUCUAUAUUUAUAUAACUAAUGAAUGUAUAAACAAACAAAAAAAAGAAAAAAUGAAAGUGGCUGUGCCACCCACCUCCACCACAACCAUACACCCACUAUAUACACAUAAACAUAUUAUAUAUAUGUAUAAAACAAAUUGUAACUAUUAUCUAUAUAUUUACCAUCUAUUAUUAUUAUUAUUACUAUUCUAUAAUCAUCAUUUGUUUUAGUUUAAUUAACCAUUUUUUUAUUGAAAGCAUUUAAAUUAAAUUUGAAUGCAAUAGUUUUUAAUUAAUAUUAUUAUUAUUAUUAUUAUUAUUAUUUUUUUUUUUAAUUUGCUAUAUAUAUAUAAAUUAACCUAAUUAAUAAAUUAAUUAUUUUUAUUUUUCUUUUCGUCUAUUUUUUAAGUAUCAUUAUUUUAGUUCAAUGUCUUUUGAUUUUUUUUGUAAAAAGUAAGACACAGAUAUGAGGGAGGGAGGGAGGGCUUUGCUGCAGGUGUUGAUGGAAUGUCAUCAACCUCCAUUCUCUCCCUACCCACUGUGUUGGAAAUUGAAAAACAAAAUAAUAAUAAUUUCUACAAACGAACAAAAAAUGUGAA